AUGGUUCAGUUUCUCUGUCUGAUCUACUCCCUUUUACUGGGUGCCCUCACAGUGAAUGCUGUCUUCAUUGAAGAUGCGUUCAUCUCCGAUUGGCAAUUGGAGAACAUCGGCCGAUAUGAGUGUGUGAUGGAGGAUCAAGGUCAACAGAAUCUAAUUAUUCUCUCGGAUUAUGAAUCAAAUACUCUGAUGUCUUUUGUAAAUGAAACUAGUGGCACAAUUAUAUUCAGAUAUCCGUUGGAUUUUAAGGCAAUUGAUGCGAUGUUAUUGGAGGAUCGUUCUGCGUAUGUUCUAAAAGACCUCGAGGGCAAUACAUAUCUAUUUGAUGCCUCAAAUGGAUUCCUAUUGGAUGAUAAAAUAUCGGUUGAAACUUUUGUCUCUUCGUGCAUUCCACAUUCGAGCUCUGUGAUUAUUUCUAACAAUACGUUGAAAUUUAUGGAUCAAGACUCCCAGUUGGAGAUUUCACAAGUUCCUUUGAGAGAGAACUUCGAAUCUUUGAAAUUCUUAUACCAUGAUAAUCUAGGUUCAGUCAAAUUUCUAUACUCAACUGAUGACUAUCAAUAUAUUUUUGAGUCAUUUGAAAAUGGGGUUCCUAAAAACCAAUGGCAUAGAGACGAAGUAGUCAGUGACGUUUGUUCCUAUACCUUCGUUGACGUACCAAAUGAAGCAUUGCUGUCCAAAAAAUCUGAACUUCUAACAGAACAAGAGUUUACGAACGUCUGGGAUGCGUACACGUAUCGAGUCAGUCAGAACUGGGGUCGUUUCAAGGGAUUCCUAAAAGAAAACAAUUACUCUCCGGGAAAGAUCAUAAUGAGACUGAUGAAAAUGGAUAGUCACUCUUUAAACUAUUCAAGUGACGUAGAAUUUGGGCUGGCGAAGUAUCUAAUCGUGGCAUCUAAAAAAGGCCAACUUUCAGCGAUUGAUGUCAGAAACGGAUCAAAAGUUUGGCAGAGACAAACCAGUCUUGAGGACACAAUAUUUAUGGAUAAUCUUUCGAAAAAGAGUCAAAUUAUAUCAUUCGAUAAAAACGGGUCUUAUGAGAUAUACGAUAUUAGUAACGUGACAGAACCUGUUUUAGCGAGAAAAGAUCGUGUAGAAAUUUCCUCCAUUAAUUUAAUAUCCAAAUUAAGUGAAAAUAAAUACUUGCUACAGUCCGGUAAUGAUAUCAAAAAGAUAUUUUGUCUUGGAGGGUGUGUAGACGAGCCAAUUACGACAGUGCUUGCUACCCAUGAUAAAAAAGGAGUUCAUGGCACAAUUGUGAAAAGCGAUUAUCAGAUGCAAGAUACUUGGGAGAUAACUAUGAGUGAAUCUGAAGAGAUUGUUGCCUUUGCAAAAAAAGGUGAUGAGCCCAUUUCAAACAUCGGUGUGACGCUUGGAAAUAGGACUGUACUUUACAAGUAUCUAUACCCUAAUCUGGCAAGUUAUGUCGUUGCCAAUAAAAAAACAGGAAACAUAUAUGUGCACCUCGUUGAUACAGUUACUGGAGAACUACUUUUUUCCCAAUUUCACGACGAGAAGGUAGACAUUUAUUCACCAGUAAAUAUGGUUUUCGGUGACAGUUGGUUUAUAUAUUCUUUCUUCAGUAAUGAACCAAUUCCGGAGCAAAGACUUGUUGUAGUUGAGCUUUACGAAUCUUUGCAUGCUGACGAAAGAGUCACGACAGCCUCGGAACAUUACGAUCCUUUCAGGGCUGUCAAUAAGCCAUUUACUAUAUCAAAUGCAUAUUAUUUCCCCGAAGUUAUAAAACGGAUGGUUGUGUCGCGCACCAAAUAUCAAAUAACCUUGAGCGCUAUUAUCCUUGAACUCACAAAUGGACAAAUCACAUACCUCUCCAAAGCACUUCUUAAUGCUAGACGUCAACCAGAAGUGAAGAUGACAGAUAGUGAUAAAAAGGAAGUUAUGGCGAUGCCGUACAUCAGUACGUUACCGCUGAAUGACCAAUUCAUUAUCACACAUUCGAGGGCUUUGCUGAUGGGAGAAACUGCGGAAUUAAUAUCAGUUGCCACCAAUUUGGAAUCUACCAGCAUUGUAUGCGACAUCGGACAUGAUAUAUUCUGCACAAAAUUGCAUCCCUCUGGACAAUUUGAUACAAUGAGUCCCAGUUUCGAAAAGGGCAAACUCCUUGCAACUAUUUUAGGAUUGUUUGUGCUUUCUUACUUUCUUCGUCCUAUGGUGGAAUCUGCCCAGCUGAAGACUCAAUGGCUGGUUAGAAGCUAA